AUGUCUCUUUCUGGAAAGGUUGUCCUGAUUACCGGCUCCUCUAAAGGAAUCGGCAAAGCUGCUGCUCUUCGUGUAGCUAAUGACGGUGCCAACGUCGUCAUCAACUAUCUCAAUGAUAAAACUGCCGCCACUAGUCUAGUGCAACAAAUUGGCGAUGAUCGUGCUCUAGCUGUUCAAGCCGAUGCCUCUCAUCUGGCCGAUCUCGAUCGCCUUGUUGAUGCCGCGGUCGCAAAGUUCGGCAAGAUCGAUGUCGUGAUUCCCAACGCAGGAAUUAUGCCCAUGAGAGAUCUGGAGAAAACCACCGAGGAAGAUUUUGACAAGACCUACAAUCUGCUGGUGAAAGGACCGUACUUCCUCGCGCAGAAAGCCGCGAGGCAUAUGCCGCCUGGAGGGAGGAUCAUCUUCAUUUCUACUGGAGUUGCGCGCAACUCAAGAGUCGUACCCGAAUACCUGCUCUAUGUCUCCGCCAAGGGCGCUAUUGAGCAGAUGGCACGAGUCAUGGCCAAAGAUCUAGCGCGUAAGGGCAUAUUGGUAAACGCGGUUGCGCCUGGCCCCACCACUACGGAGCUUUUCUUGAACGGAAAAUCGGAGGACGUCCUGAAGACUGUGGCCGGAUUUAGUCCCUUCAAUCGGAUUGGCGAACCUGAUGAGAUUGCCGCUGUUAUGGCAUUCUUGUGUGGCAAAGAUAGUAGUUGGAUUUCUGGUCAAGUCGUGGGGGUAAAUGGAGCUAUGGCUUGA